CCGUGGGGAGCCCGCCGGAUAAUUAUUACCACUUCUUAACCAUUUCUCCUCCAACACCACCCCUUCAAACUUCAUUAUAAGCGAUUGGCGACCACCCGAACUACAUAUACGACAUACUAGCUAACAUGGACAACUCAGUCCAUAUCAAUUAUCUUCAGUCCCUUUUAGGACGCAAUUUGCGCAUCCACACAACCGAUACUCGCAUGUUUGUGGGCAUCUUCAAAUGCACCGACAUGGAUCGCAACGUCAUCCUCGCAAACACAUUCGAAUAUCGUCUUCCAAGCCAGACCGCCGUCCAGGCCGCCGCCGCGGCAGAAACCGUGUCUACACCCGACGCAACAGGCAAGUUCAAAAUGGACAUGACCAGUCGCUUUAUUGGAUUGGUUGUUGUGCCGGGUCAGUAUAUUACCAAGAUUGAGUUGGAGGAGAAUCCUUAUCAGAUUCGAGCCCAGCCGACGGUGCCAGUGAUGCACUGAAUGGUUAUUACGGGGAUAAUGACGGGGAAAGGCGCUGAUACUGGCGAUGGCCUGUCCAAUGGCAAUGUGUCAGAGUGCUGAUUGUGCGCAUCGAUAAUCUCGAGAAGC